UGACAGGCAAUGGUAAUGGGCAGCUCAGCGCAGGACCCCGGAAGUGGAAGUGUCCGGCACGUGCCGUUUUGGGGCGAGAUGGAGGUGCAGGAACCUGGCCUGAGGGAGAUCGCUUGUGAGCAGAGCCCCCUGAGCCGGCCGGAUGGCUCCGCGACGUUCCUGCAGGGGGACACGUCGGUUCUGGUCGGAGUCUAUGGCCCGGCAGAGAUUAAAUUCAGCAGAGAGAUGCACGACAAGUCCACUGUCGAGGUGAUGGUGCGGCCAAAAGUGGGGCUACCUGCUAUACAAGAAAAGAACUACGAGCAGUUGAUUCGGGAGACCUGUGAGUCGGUCAUCCUGGGCACGUUGCACCCACGGACAUCCAUCACCAUCGUGCUUCAGGUCAUCAAUGACGCGGGCUCUUUACUCGCCUGCUUCCUAAAUGCGGCCUGCAUGGGUAUGAUGGAUGCCGGACUGCCCAUGCGCGCCCUGUUCUGCGGUGUCACCUGCGCCCUGGACAACGAUGGACAACUAAGUAUUGACCCCACUGCUAAAGAACAAAAGGAGAGCCGCACCGUUCUGACGUUUGCGAUUGAGAGCACAGAAAAGAAAAUAUUAACCGUUUCCAGUCGAGGUGCAUACUCCGCCGCAGAGCUCCAGCAGUGUAUAGCAGCCGCCCAGCUCUCAGCCCAAAAAAUCUUCCACUUCUACAGGGACUCGGUCAAGAGGCGAUACUCCAAAUCCUAACAGAAGACCGGCACCUCAUCCUGCACCGUGGAGGACCAGACCUGAUCAGACUCUGAUCUGUUUGUAUCUACUAUAUGGCAGUCGUUUUGCACGCUUAUGCAGUAUGCUUUAUUUAAAUGCACAGUGAACUGUUGAGGCGCGAGGCACAGCGCGUUUCGCGGAUCUCAGCAGGGCAUUGUGAAUGGAUUGGAAAUCAUGUGGAUAGUGGAUAAGCUUGCAAAAUAGCUCCUGAACUGUCCCCAGGAGGCCAUAUAGAUUUCUAGGUAUUUCCCAUGAUCCUUAGCUGGAUGCCUACAGAAUAAAGGUGCGCGGACAAAAGGCGAAGCCGCACGAUGAAACUGUAAAUAGUAACCUUUAUUAAAGGUGUUUACACAAUGA